AUGCUCCCGCGCGUCGGUAGUGUAGAUGCCAGGGAGCGUCAUGACUGCGCAGUGAGGCGGGAUAAGGGAUGUCAGAACCCAAGUGCUGUGGAUGAGAUGAUAGAUAUGGACAACAAGCUCAUGGCAGAAAACCUAGCCACUAAAGUCACCAGGCUAAAAUCGCUUGCCCUGGACAUUGAUAAAGAUGUUGAGGAUCAGAAUCACUAUGUGGAUGGGAUGGACACAGACUUCAUGAGUGUGACAGGUCUUCUGACAGGCAGUGUGAAACGGUUUUCCACCAUGACUCGUUCCGGAAGAGACAAUCGUAAACUCCUGUGUUAUGUCUCUGCUGGACUGGUUGUUGUCUUCUUCAUCCUUUAUUAUUUGGUGACAAGAACACGGACUUGAGGGAGUGUAAAGAUGCUGUGUUGGAAUGUGUGUUGGGGGGGUGGUGGACAAUGAAGUACUUUCACGUGUAUUUCCUGGGAAGGCUUGUUCAUGUGUUCACAGUAAUCUAAAGACCACAGUAUGGUCUCCAGCCCCCUUUCAGGGUUGCUUUGAGAUGAUCUUUUUAUUUUUAGAAGGAUAUUGUUCUGCCAUUCUCCCUUUGAAAGUUUACAGCAUAAUUCACAUUGUUGAAAUGAAACCUUCAUAUAUCCCUUUUGGGGGGGGGUACAGAGAGAAGAACACGGCUGAUGCCUCCUAUGAUUUUGCGAUUCAGCAAGAAAAUCUUGACAGUAGCAGAAAUGUGUUGCUUGGAGGAAUGCGAUACUAGGAUUUGUGCAUCUCCUAAAAACUGAUCACUCUCUGGAGGGAACUUUUUUCCUUGCAAAAUUCAUUAACUUUUUUUUACUUCUGGAAACACAAGCUUUUAUAACUACCAUAACAAUCCUUGUUGUCAUUC